AUGGCUUUCACCCCUACACUUGUCAAGCUCGCCGAGUCCUACAGAUCUGACAAAAUGGUGUGCAGGAAAUGCUAUGCUCGUCUGCCGAAAGGAGCCACCAACUGCCGAAAGAGCAAAUGUGGACAUUCUAGCGAUUUGAGAAAGAAGAAAGAAAUCAAGUAG